UCUGUUCCGAAGAGUUGUUGCACUUACCUUUCUGUCUAUUUUUAUUUUCUCCAGGGUAUAAAGAGUAAGGUUCGAACAAGUUCUGGUAUGUUUCUAACUUCAGAAGAGCAAAAUUUGCCAAUUAUACAGGCUAUCGAAAACCGGAUUGCUAUGUUUUCUCAAAUUCCUGCAGAAAAUGGUGAGCAAAUGCAAGUACUAAGGUAUAAACAAAGUCAGUUUUACAGUGUACAUUCUGAUUACUUCACUAACAUUACUCACAUAAAGAAAGGAGGCCAACGUGUAGCGACGAUGCUAAUGUAUUUAAACGAUGAUGUUGAAGGGGGUGAGACCUACUUUCCAAUGGCCGCAGCUGGUGAAUGCAGUUGUGGAGGAAUGAUGGUUAGGGGGCUUUGUGUGAAGCCAAGCCAAGGGGAUGCACUUCUUUUCUGGAGCUUGGGGCUUAAUGGAAGACUUGAUCCACACAGUUUGCAUGCGGGAUGUCCAGUACUAAGUGGGGAGAAGUGGUCAGCCACAAAAUGGAUGAGGGAAAGUACUUUACGUUGAUUUUUCCUUACAUUUAUGUUUUUCACACUAAAAUAAAUAGCAUGUACGGUGGUCCAACUAACUACUUCUUACCCACAACCUGCUUGAUGAAAAGGAAGCAACGUACGACAUACUUCACACUCGGAAUCGAAUAGAACAACAAAUGCAAUGGUGCAGUCUCUCAAAAUUCAAAUUUCAUACUGUAAAAAAGCGUUUUUGAUACUGUAUGCUGCAUGUUGUAUCGGUAAAGGCUUUCAGGAUAAAUAUUUUGGGUAGAAUAAU